UAUUAUUUUACCCAGUCUGUCUUGAUCAUCCUCACAACCUUGUUAAAGACAAGUGAGAAAAGACAGAUUCUGAUAAAAGUGGUAUAAUGAGAGAAACAAUUAUACAAUGAUGAUGAACAAGUAAAAAAUGGGAAAAUGUUUAAAAACAAUGUUAGACUUGAAACAGAUGAGAGUCCCGUCCUUUUCAUGUUUCCCCUCUCAUCAUUGCUCAUCAUGGCUCCCCUUCAUCAUCAUCAUGGAUGACUGCCUGAAGAGCUUUUGGCAAGUCAGUUAAGCACGACCGGUUCUACCAACCAGUCAUAACUUCAUCAUCUUCAUCUCCUUAUUUCGCUUUUUUACCGAAUAUUUUUUUCUCCAUUUUUCAUUGCUCUUGUGUUUACGUGUAUUAAAACAUGAUUUUUGUCAAUCUUUUUCCCUUGCUCUUUUACAUUACAUUUUAAUCGUUUGUCAGUUGAUCAGUUUCACCAAUCUCUGUGUGUGUGUGUUGCUUGAAAAGGUUUGAUAAACAAAACGGAUUCAGUGCUGUGUAAUCAAAUUAGUGAAAUGUAAAAUGUUUAUGUGAUCAUCAUUCAUUACCAUACAUAUCACUGGAAUCGUCAUCACUUUCAAUGUUACUGUGUUCAUCAUUUACCAUCAUGAUACUCAUCAUCAGCAACAUGACCAUAAUGAUCAAGAAAUAAUAACCAUUUUGUUUUGACCUUCACUUGCAUCAGUUUAAUGUUUCAAUAACCAUUAUCAACCUCAACCCAAGUAAAGUUAACCCAAUAAAAAGUUGAUAAUAGUUUAUAAAAGCCAAACGUUUUGUUAACCAUUAAAAGAUUCAACUUGCCUUUCCAACAACAACAUCAUCAUCAUCUUACCAUUAUAUAAAUAUCAUGAAAUGAACAGCAAAUUACCUAAAUUAUUAUUCCUGUAACAACAAUAGUAAACAGUAAACUGGACAUCAACCAAGAAUCCAAUCAAGCAAAGGUAAAAAGGGAAUCAAGAGUGGUACAAGUGGACAACAGUAAGAGCUGUUGAAAGGCCAACAUCUUGAGGUAAAGACAGAAGACGAACAAGGACAGAAGAAGAAGAAGAAGCUCGAAAAUUUAGUGAAAAGUGUAUCCAUUGUGAGAUGGUUUUUGUUCCUCGACGAAGAAGCCUUUACUUUAAAGUGCUUCUUCUCAUUCCUGCUUCAUGGUUUUUAUUAACACUUUUCAUUAAUCUCAAUGAAAGGGUAAAACAUCCAAAUGCUGAUGAUUUACUUGUAUUGUCACAGUUAUCCUCAUCACCAUCAAUCUCAUCAUCUGCCCAUCAAGUGUUGAACAAUAUUGUAUUAGAAAAUAAUGUUAAUCGUGUCAAUAAGUUAACAAAUAGUGAAUCUAAAUUAAAUCUGGUUCCAGGAGAAAGUGAACAAUUAGCUCCAGGAAUUAACCAUAAACAUCAUAAACUGUAUAACAAAUUAAAUGCUAAACGUUUCAAUCAAAAUGCUGUGAUACCAAUGCCAAUUGAUGAUAGUAAGAAAGGCCCAGGUGAAUUGGGUAAACCUGUUGUCUUACCAACCAAUGUUUCAAGUGAAGUGCAAAGUCUGGUCAGCAAAGGAUGGGAAGACAAUGCAUUCAAUCAAUAUAUUAGUGACAUGAUUUCACUAAGACGAUCUCUUCCUGAUGUUCGGGAUCCUCAGUGUAAAAAUGAAAAAUAUCAUGAAAAUUUACCUCAAACUAGUGUGAUAAUUUGCUUCCACAAUGAAGCUUGGUCCGUCUUAUUGCGAACAGUUCACUCUGUGCUCGAUAGAUCACCUGAAAAUUUGAUUAAAGAAAUCAUUUUGGUCGAUGAUUUUUCAAACAGAGAGGAUCUUAUGAAACCCUUGGAAGAGUAUGUUAAACCUUUAGGUAAAGUAAAGAUUAUCCGAGCCAAGAAGCGUGAAGGCUUGAUUCGAGCUCGACUAUUAGGUGCCAAUGAAGCAACUGCUCCCGUCCUGACCUACCUCGACUCACACUGUGAGUGCACAGAGGGUUGGUUACAGCCUUUACUUGACAGAAUUGCUCGUGAUCCAAACACUGUAGUUUGUCCAGUUAUCGAUGUUAUCAAUGAUAAAACAUUUGAAUAUCACUAUCGAGGUGAUGCAAACUCCAUCAAUGUCGGUGGUUUCGACUGGAAUCUCCAAUUCAACUGGCAUGCUAUUCCUGAUCGGGAAAAGAAACGACGAGUUCAUUCCACCGAUCCAGUCAGGUCACCAACCAUGGCUGGUGGACUGUUUUCCAUUAGUAAAGAUUUCUUCGAACGUCUUGGAACUUAUGAUAGUGGAUUUGACAUCUGGGGCGGAGAAAACUUGGAACUCUCUUUCAAGACUUGGAUGUGUGGUGGAGUCUUGGAGAUAAUCCCUUGUUCCCAUGUUGGUCACAUAUUUCGAAGUCGAAGUCCAUAUAAAUGGAAAACUGGUGUCAACGUUCUUGUUCGCAAUUCAAUUCGUUUGGCUGAAGUUUGGAUGGAUGAUUAUAAGAAGUAUUAUUACCAAAGGAUUGGAAACAAUCUGGGUGACUAUGGUGAUGUUACUGACCGUAAAAAGCUUCGCGAUCAACUCAACUGUAAAUCCUUUGAAUGGUAUGUCAAGAACGUUUAUCCCGAGUUGUUUAUACCCGGUGAAGCUGUUGCUUCAGGAGAGGUUCGUAAUUUGGGUGGCGAUUCACCGAACAAAAUGUGCCUUGAUUCACCAGCACGGAAACAAGAUUUACAUAAGGCAGUUGGCCUUUAUCCUUGCCAUAACCAGGGAGGCAAUCAGUAUUUCCUUUUAUCCAGAGAAGGUGAGAUUCGUCGUGAUGAAGCUUGCCUCGAUUUUGCAGGUAAAGAUGUUGUCCUUUAUCCAUGCCAUGGAGCCAAGGGUAAUCAACUUUGGAUUUAUGACGAUGAUAAAAAUCAAAUUAAACAUGGAAGCAGCGGAAAGUGCCUUGAAAUGUCACCCAAACGUGAUAAACUCUGGAUGAGACCUUGUUCACCCGAAAAGACCAACCAGAAAUGGAAAUUUCAAAACUUCAAUCCGUCCAAAUUCACCAAAUUAGCGUGAAGACAAAAGACUCAAAAGUGAAUAAAAACAAGUUGAAAGAUUAAUAAAAAAGUAAUCGAAAGAUAAACGAAAUUGAAAUAAACGAAAGACACAAAAAUCCUGAAAACUAUGAAAACCUGAAAAAACAAACAGAUUGGCAAACCUUUUCACAAAUGAAAGGGACUUUGGGUCGAAAGGGCGACGAUGAACCAAUUAGUAAUUGAAUAAAAUGAUUCAAUCAAUUGAUGAAAAAUGAUGAAAUUUGAUCGCAUUUCAAAGGACUCAUUACUAUUGACCAUUUGCUGUACAUUUUCACACAAAAGGAAAGCAAUUUUCGAGUUACACUUGAACAAACCAACCAUUACUAUCAUCAUCACCACUUGAACAACCCUGAUGAAGAAGAAGAUUUGACAAAAAAAAAACUUUCAAUUCUCAACCUUGUGAUCUUGGUCAUUGUCAAACCUCGUAUUUCAAGUGACUUGUUAUCCUCACUUCAACAUCCAUCAAAAAAGAUUACCUUUUAAUCAAACUCUUGCUUUACCCAAUUCCCUCCCAGUUGACCACAUAAUCGUUGCCCAAAGUUCAACUGCAACAAUUGCAAGCCAAUCAUUUGCAAUGUUCAAUUCUUGCGGUGUUUUCACCUUUUCUCACAUUCCAAUUGCAAUUGUAAAUUGUCCAACGCAAAUGAAUUGAAACAAAAGUUCAUUAUUUUUCCCUUCUUCUCACAUGAGAAUGAAGAAUAUCUGAGCAGAAAUAUCAACAUUUCCAUCUUUUCUUUUUCUUUCUUUUUCUCCAUAUUAUUUCCUAUUAUCCAUAUAAUUCAUUUUUCAUUUCAGCCUUUUUCGUUGAAUCGAUUGAAAUUUCAUUUCCAUUCAAAGUCCAUUUAUCAUACACUUUUGGCUUCAAAACGAUCUCCAUUGAUUAAUUGUCUACCAACUUGAACAAUGUAAUUUGAAGAAGAAGAAGAUGAACAAAAUUGCAAUAAUUUGAUAGCCUUAGUCACCAUCAGCAUUUUGCCUGGUAAUUCAAAGUAUCCAUUCAAGUGCCUCACUUGCCUCAUCUCGAUCAUCCUUCAUUAAAAGUGCCUUUUCCUAACAAACUGUUUCAUCUUUCAAUCACACUUUGUGAUACACUUACAAUAACUACAAUUAUUGCUAUUAAUAUAAGCAUUAUCAUUAUUAUUAUCAACAUAACAUUAUCAUGAUAUUUAUAUGUGCCACUUAAGUUUUGUCUUGUUUUUUGUUUAAUAAAUCAGCCAGAGAAGAGCAAAGAGAAUUGCUUUUCACUUCAACUCGGCUAAUUGGACCUUUUAAUUGUUGGUUAAAUAAAUGAUUUUUAUUGAAUAAAA